CCUUCCCUCCGUCCCGCCCCCUCCAGCCCCUGCUGCCCGGCUCCUACAGGCCCCCUCGCUGCCCGCGUUCCUAUGGACAGACGCACAGACACCUGCAGGAAAGACACUGCUGAUCCUGUAACAUGGAGGAUUGCCUUCAUACCUCAUCUGAGAAUCUAUCCAAAUUGGUCAGCUGGGCCCACAGCCAUGGGACCAUUUGCAGCCUCAUUCCAAACCUGAAACAUUUGCUUUCGGAAGGUUCCCAUGGGAAUCUGACAGCAAUGUGGGGCUGUAGUGCGGGCCAUGCUUAUCACUGGCCACUGACAGCUACUUGCAGAGCUGGCUCCCAAGAAAGGGUCUGUUUCCAGGAUAACAGAAGUUUUAACUCUGAUAGUCCCAGUAUAAUUGGAGUGCCCUCUGAGACACAAACUAGCCCCGUUGAAAGGUACCCUGGGAGACCAGUGAAAGCAAAGCUAGACUGUAAUCGGACCAGAGACUCUUGUGACUUCUCUUAUUGCAGUGAGCCCUCUGAACUGGAUGAAGCUGUUGAAGAGUAUGAAGAUGAAAACACUCUGUUUGACAUGGUUUGUGAAUCUUCUGUUACAGAUGAGGAUAGUGACUUUGAACCCCAAACCCAAAGGCCUCAAAGCAUUGCUCGAAAAAGGCCUGGAAUAGUCCCAUCUUCUCUCCAUUCAAGCUCCCAAGCUCAGAUGAUUGAUGAAUGCAGCAGUGAUGUGAUCAUUAAGAAAAUCAAACAGGAGAUUCCUGAAGAUUAUUAUAUUGUGGCGAAUGCAGAGCUGACCGGAGGGGUAGAUGGACCAGCCCUCUCAUUGACGCAGAUGGCAAAACCUAAGCCUCAGACUCAUGCUGGUCCCUCCUGUAUAGGGUCUGCUAAGCUGAUUCCCCAUGCAACAUCUGCCAUCAGCACAGAGCUAGACCCACAUGGUAUGUCUGCAUCCCCCUCUGUGAUGUCUAGACCAGUCGUCCAGAAGACUGGUAGGGUAUCUUUGGCUUCACCAAACAGAGGACCCACUAGUGCCCAUGGCACCAGCCAGCAGGUGGCCAUACAGAUGCCGGUGAGCACAUCCCAUCCUAACAAACAGAUCAGCAUCCCUUUGUCUGCCCUGCAGCUGCCUGGACAGGAUGAGCAAGUUGCUUCUGAAGAGUUCCUGUCCCAUCUGCCCAGCCAGGUCUCCUCCUGUGAGGUGGCCCUUUCUCCCUCAGUUAACACAGAGCCAGAAGUGAGCUCCAGUCAGCAGCAGCCCCCAGUUGCUCCGACCAUAACCACUGAGGCCACGGCACAGUGCAUACCAGACCAGGAUGAAAGAGCAGCUGAGCUCAGCAGGGAGCAGAAUGAGAAAACCAUCCGGAGCACGCAGACCGCGCUCCGCAAUUUCCCCUAUUCUACUAAGCUCAACAAAUUUCCUGUAUUUAAUAUGAAUGAUGACUUGAAUGAUCUGUGUACCAGUGCAGUAAGCCCAAAUACGACCAAAGCAACACGGUAUGCCCUGAAUGUGUGGCGAUAUUGGUGUAUGACCAAUGGGCUCAAAGAUCACACAGACAUCACCAAGAUCCCUGCAGUGAAGCUGAACGAGCUGCUCGAGAACUUUUAUGUCACCGUUAAGAAGAGCGACGGCUCAGACUUCCUGGCCACGUCGCUGCACGCCAUCCGCCGAGGCCUGGACCGCAUCCUGAAGAAUGCGGGCGUGGGCUUCUCCAUCACCAGCAGCACCUUCAGCUCCUCCACCAAGAAGCUCAAGGAGAAGCUGUGGGUGCUGAGUAAGGCAGGGAUGUCAGGUGCCCGUUCUCGCAACAUCGUCUACUUCUCCCUCUCUGAUGAGGAGGAGAUGUGGCAGGCAGGGUGUCUGGGGGAUGACAGCCCCAUCACCCUUCUGUCCACCGUGGUCAAGUACAACAGCCAAUACCUGAAUAUGCGGACGCUGCAGGAGCAUGCUGAUCUGAUGUAUGGUGACAUCGAGCUGCUCAAAGACCCACAGAACCAGCCCUAUUUCGCCCGGACAGACAGUGUCAAGCGGGAGAGUCGGAGUGGUUCCACUCGAGUGUGCCACGGGAAGAUCUACCAUGAGCAUUCCAGGGGACACAAACAGUGCCCUUACUGCCUCCUCUACAAGUACAUGUACAUCCACCGACCACCCACCCAGAUGGAGGCCAAGUCCCCUUUCUACCUUACCGCCAGGAAGGAGGCCACAGACAUGGGCAGCGUGUGGUACGAGGAACAGAGGAUGGGACUGAGGUCUCUUCGGGGAAUUGUCCCGAACUUAGCCAAGAAGGUCAAGCUGGAAAACUGUGAGAACUUCACCUUCGUCUCAUUUACUCAGGUCUCCAGGAGGCUUGGCUCCCACAGCUGCUGCCAGUGAGUCUCCCCUGGGUCCCGGCCACCACCCAACACACCUGGCAGGGGGGCGCUCCCCCCGCAGCCAAGGCCAGAGUUCUGAGGUGGCAGGGAUGACCGUGAUUUCAUGGUCAGGCUGGUCCCUGUCAGUGGGACUUCCUAUUUCUUUGACUUUGCAUUUGUUUUUUUAACUGAAAGUAGAUGAAUCUUUAGGAUGUUUUAUCCAGAUGUGUGUCACCUUUGUUAAAUUAUAGAGUCUAACGCACUGUAUAAAUUACUACAUACACAAGAGUGAGGAAGUUCAUUUUAUCUAGUGCCUUUUUAGCACAGAUUUUCUCAAAAAAAAUAAAAGGGAGUGGGGAAGAAAACCAUUUAAGUAGUCAUUAAAAAAAAAUCCCAGUAGCCUAGUAGCUUUAGAAUGUUAUACACACUUUGUGGAAUUACACUCACAGUGAGGAGCUAGGAAGGGAGAGGCAGACGUGUUAACUAUUUCCAGGAGAAAAAUGGCACCUGGCACUCCUCCUUAUGUUUUGUUGAUGGAUAAGUGGGUCCUGCAGAGCAAGCAGCCUUGGUUGAUGGAAGGUCGUGGAGCUACGCUCAGUCACACUGAUAGGAAAGUGGGGACUGCUCUCAGCCCUGGGAGGACUUGACCUCUGCAUCAGUGGAGACAGUUUUAUGAGAAAAGAUUAAUGCACCAAACGGUGCUUGUGAGAACAAGGUUUCCGAUGAACUAGAUGGUUUGUACAAUAAGGGAAUUUCUAGUAGUAGAGAAAGUGUCUUGGAAAAGCGGUCUGCGAUCAAAACGUGAAAAACCUCCUGAAGCAGAAGUGCCUACGUUUUCUUUCUCAGCGUCAUGUGAAAGCUAUUUUCGUUUGAACAUUUUUUAGAGUUUGUUUUUUUUCAUCUGUUCCUUGUGUCAUACAGUUGUUCCAGCAUAUAGCACUGGACUGUAAAACAACUGAAAGUAAUUUUCAGGCGUAACCAGGAAAAUCCAACAGAACAAGCUGCAAAGAAAACAAAUUCCAAAACAUGUUUAUUAAAGAGUUUUGAAAUAUUUUUGUCAAAGUAUGACUCUUUCAGCCACAAGAGAUCUCAUCAUUUUAGGUUGGCACCAAUGCUUGGGACACGAGGAUGUAGGCAACCUACCAGGUAAGCAAACCCAGCAACAAGCACAGAAUUGAAAAAUCAGACCAUGAUGAUAGGUUAUCAGUGU